AUGAACGACGCACCAGAAUCAAACACUGCGACUACGAGCCCUGCGGCCUUGCAGAUCGAGAGCGAGGAUAGCACAACGAGCAACGACGUGACAGCCCAGUUUCGCAGUUACAUUCAAUCGCUGCCGGAAGGGGAGAAAGUUGGCUGCAAGACUGAGCCUUCCUCGCCACUGGAUAGUAACUCCCACUCUCACAAAAUCGCACAGUCGGCCGGAUCGACAUCGAUUGACGUUGUGAGCAGCAACAAGGACGACAAAGACAAAUUAGCGUGGAUUGCAAAGCAGCGGGGUCUGCCGACUUUGCCAAGCGUCCAGCAGAACAAGGCAAUAGGUCAAGAGCUGCCUUUCUCACACAAGCUGCAUUUGGUUGCCAGCAGCGAGAAACAUCCAUAUCUAAGCUGGACAACGAGCGGCCAGGAAUUGCAAUUGGAAUACAUCGGCUUGCAGCAGUACUUGGCCAACGAUAGCUGCAUAUUCAAGAGCCGCACCCUACUGCAGUUCAUCCAGCAGCUUCGCUUGUACGGCUUCAAGCGCGUGUGGCUGGGAGAGAAUCCGUAUGCCACGAACCAGAUGCUCACGUCGCCACCUUUACUUCUGUACUAUCAGCAUCCGGACUUUGACCGUGACGCCAAUAUCGAGCUGAUGAAUAAGCCCCAGACGCCAACUCGUACACUGGAGGUCACGGAAGAGACGCUAUUUCCCUUGGGUAACGCUUCUGAGGCAUACAAUGAACGGAUGCGUGAGCGAGGAGACCUCUGCUCCUCCUUCUACACCUUCAGCUCACCCUUAGAGCUCAGACGCGCCCGUUUGCAGACCCUUUUGCGCUAUCAGAUGGAUGAGCGGCAACUCCGUGACCACGCCUACUCUUCGGAGCUGUUAGCGCAGUUGGUCCCGCGGCGAGGCCGUACGGCGACCAAGGCUCAACCGGAGCCGCUGACCACACAGGUGGCCAAGUAUGUAAAGCCGCAGGAGUCAGUGCUCAGUUUUGUAUCUGGUUACUGUCCCGAAUAUGCCGGCUACUAUGGCAACGUGCCAGUGACCAAAAUCAAUGACUUCUUUUCUGAGUUCUUGCCACGCUACGGCAACAAGACCACCGGCUACAAGGACAUUGUCACAGAUGCGAGCAGUAAAGUCAAUACAUUCCAGCAGAAUUUGCCCAUAGGCCUGAGCUUUUCUGAGGACGAAGAUGAGGGUGGUACUGACGAAAUAAUCAAGACUUCAUCAAAGACGGAAAGCGGCAGUAAGGCGAAAAAAAAUAGUAAGCGCUCCAAGCCUGAGGCAGCGGUCGAUGAUAUGGAGCUAGAGGAGGCCAUGCAGGCAUUAUGCGGUGGCGAGGACGAGUCACAGACCAAGGAGAGUCAAAAGGUACAGCAAACAAAGGCCAAUGAUGACUACUCGACAUCUAGUGAAGAUAUGGAUAUGGACGAAGCCGAGCCCGAGGAAGUGGUUGUCUCCUCAGAUUCGGAAAUAGAAACCAGGGAGGCGGAGACUAAACUACUUAAGGUAGCGGCUGACGCGGAAUCUAAGGCUAAAAAUACCACCACAAACGAGAAUGAAUCCGAUGAAACAGAUACAGAUGAAGACGACGUUGAUGAUGACGACUACGAUGACGACGACGAGGACGACGAAGACGUGGGCUUUGAGCCGGCGCCCCCAAGUGCCAAGCGGAGCCGUUAUGAUCUGCGCACCUUAAAGCGCUCCUCGUAGAAUUUGUUUCUUACAUACCAAUUUGAAUAAAGAAAUGAUUAGUUA